AAACAAACCCCGCUCUUCUCCCUUCUUCUCUCCACCACACACACACACGCACGCAGAGAGCUAAACACAAGAGAACAAAUCAAACAUGGAGUCCAGUGAUCCGAUCCCAAACAUUCCAAGUCCUUCUUCUUCCGUACCUCUCUCUAACUCUCCUUCCCCCUCGUCUUCACCUCCACAAGCGGUCGUAAGCCCUUGUGCCGCCUGUAAGAUUUUAAGGCGUAGAUGUGCCGAGAAAUGCGUUCUCGCUCCCUAUUUCCCUCCUUCUGAACCUGCCAAGUUCACCAUUGCUCACAGAGUCUUCGGCGCCAGCAACAUCAUCAAGUUCUUGCAGGAACUUCCAGAGUCGCAGAGAGCUGAUGCAGUGAGCAGCAUGGUGUACGAGGCGAGUGCAAGAAUAAGAGACCCAGUGUACGGGAGUGCAGGUGCGAUUUGCCAGCUUCAGAAGCAAGUGAACGAGCUUCAAGCUCAAUUGGCGAAGGCCCAAGCGGAACUUGUGAACAUGCAAAUGCAACAAGCCAAUCUGGUGGCUAUCCUCUGCAUGGAAAUGGCUCAGACUACUCAGACUCAAACUCAAGCGGCGUCUCCUACUUUAACUCCUCACGAAUAUUCUUCGCCGCCAUCAUCGUCAUUUGAAGAUACGAACUUCAUUACUUCAAGCAACCUCAACUUCUUCGCGGAAAGCACUGGCCUUAACGCUUUGUGGGAGCAGCCACUCUGGACAUGAUCCUUUUAUAUUAAUUUAUUGAUUAAUUAAAUUAGAGUUAUACCAUCUAGAGAGAGAGAUUGGAAUAUUAGUCCCACAAUAACUUUAAUUUCUCCAAAGGAGAUAUAAAGUUUGAACGGAUGAAUUAAUUAGUACUUCUAAUAAAAGUAACUUGGUAGCUAGGAUUUAUGGAGUGUUGAGGAAAAAAAGUUCAAUGGACCUCCCUUGUCAAUAAAUGUAUUAGAUGUACUUUUUCCUCCAUGUAAUCUCUCCGGCAAUGUUAGAGAAAAAAGUGUACUCCGUCCAUUUCUGCUAUUUAAGAUUUUAGCAUAUUGAUUUAAGAAAUGUAAUUUACAUGUUAGAAUUUCUUUUAAAUUUUCUAAUAUACUUUUUUGUUUCAGAUCAAA